GGGCAAAUUCGGCACUGUCUACAGAUGCACAGAAAAAUCUACCGGACUAUCAUUGGCGGCAAAGUUCAUAGGCUGCCCGAAAAAGGAAGACAGACGAAACGUGGAGAGAGAAAUUGACAUCAUGAGAGCGUUGCAGCAUCCGAGACUGAUCCAGAUUUACGAUGCGUUCGAAAACGGAAAAGUUAUGACAGUUAUCUUAGAACUCAUCGAAGGCGGAGAACUAUUCGAGAGAGUGAUCGACGAUGACUUCAUUUUGACGGAGAAGAGCUGCACCAUUUUCAUGCGGCAGAUAUGCGAGGGCGUCGCUUUCAUUCACAAACAAAGGAUCCUACAUCUCGACAUGAAGCCUGAGAACAUCCUCUGCCUGACGAAGACGGGGAACCGGAUAAAAAUCAUCGACUUCGGCCUCGCCAGGAAGUUCGACCCGGACAAAAAGCUGCAGGUUCUUUUUGGCACCCCAGAAUUCGUUGCCCCCGAAGUCGUCAACUUUGACGAAAUAGGAUACGGCACCGAUAUGUGGUCGGUCGGCGUCAUCUGUUACGUUCUCGGCAGACUGUCAGCAGAGCAGUGCCUGAGCCACUGCUGGCUCAGGAGGAAGCAGAAGGUGCCUCGCACGCCCAGCAUGGAAGUCACCAAAGACAACCUCAAGCAGUUCGUCGAACGGUGGAACGACCACCCCAACUCCCCAUACGUCUUCGAAAUCACCUCGCACAUCAUCUCCCCCUCUAUGAUUCCCGCGGGAGGGCGCUCGCUUUCCGACUCGAGUCAGUCCCUGCUGGGAGACUCCCCGUCUCCGUGCGGCUCCCUGGCGUCCUCUCCCGGGUCGGACAACGCGUUCACCACCAACGUUUCGGAACUUCUGCCGCCCCCUGUGGAGCACUUCAGGCGAGCGUCCGACAGCGCGGGGGUCGUCAAGACACAGGACACUGCAGAACGCAUUAAUCUAGCUGAGGAGAUCAGGAAGCUGUCCGAUAAACUCUUUCAGCUUUCCAACUUCGACACAAGCCUCACCAACUCACAGUGCCCCUUCGAUGGGGAGGUUUCUAAGAGCGUGCCCAUAACGAUAACGGGCGUCAAGCACAAGCACGACGAGGCUCCGGGGAUUCCCUGGCGGCGCACCAAGUUCAAGAUGAAUAGCUGUUCCAGAGAUGUGCCUCUCGCGGCCAGGAAUAUCCACAAGCAGUCCGGCAGCCAGUUUUCGACGAAGAUCAACAAUCUCACCAGCCCAAAUGGUACCAAGGAUCUUCUCCUGCAGUUGCUGGAGCACUGGGACGGCCCCACAGUUCCACGGAUGAAUAACAGGCAUGGAUCGAUCUCUUCGGAAUGGACGGAGAGAGACACUUUGGGGCAACGCACUAUCAGCUCGAUAAACACUUUCUUCCAAUCUAGAGCCACCAGCAAAAAGAUCACCCCGUUCCAUUUCAAUAAGAGUUAGGCGUGAUACCGGAAGUGAUUCAUAUUAUUUGUUGAUUUAUUAUGCAUUUUUAUUUGUAUUUUCCAAUGUACUUAUGGGACCAUUUAUUCGAUGUUCGUCAACGUCAGUGUCAUUGUUGUGAAGCUUGAAUAAAGUAAUUAUUGUAUGUUUAA